UGUCUCUAACUGCUUGGGCACCCAAACGCCUGCUGUUCUGCUGUGGGACAGAGAAGGCCUUUAAUUGCAUGUUCUUUAUUUAUUUGUUUUGUGAGAAGAAGAAAAAGUCUGAAGGAAGGCCUAUUCCAUCUCCCCAUUCUCUGAAUCAGACGUCUCCUAAGUACGGCACCAUCGUGGUGGAACCAGGAACGCUCUCCAAAUGCCCAAUCCAGCUGCCCAUUUGCCUUUCUACUAUGGCAGCAUCUCCCGAUCAGAUGCCGAGGACCACCUCAAACUGGCAGGGAUGUCCGAUGGGCUAUUUUUGCUGCGGCAGUGCCUCCGCAAUCUUGGGGGCUUUGUCCUCUCUGUGGUGUCCAAACUCCAGUUCUACCAUUAUCCCAUUGAGCGUCAGAUGAACGGCACCUUUGCCAUCGCUGGAGGGAAGGCACACUGCGGCCCCGAAGAGCUCUGUGAAUUUUAUUCGAAGGAUGCAGAUGGACUUUGCUGUACUUUGCGGAAGCCUUGCAACCGCCCAAAUGGCCUGGAACCCCAGCCAGGGAUUUUCGACAACAUCCGGGAGAACAUGGUCCGCGAAUACGUCCGGCAGACAUGGAACUUGGAAGGAGAGAAUCUUGAACUAGCAAUCAUAAGUCAAGCACCACAAGUGGAGAAACUGUUGGCCACCACUGCUCACGAGAAGAUGCCUUGGUAUCACGGCCCCAUCUCCCGAGAGCAAGCUGAAAGCCGGCUGUACUCAGGAGCACAGCCUGAUGGGAAAUUCCUGAUGAGACAAAGAAAAGAGGAAGGGAGCUAUGCCCUUUCCCUUGUGUAUGGAAAGACCGUUUAUCACUAUCGAAUAGGACAAGGAAAAUCAGGGAAAUACUCCGUGGAAGAAGGAACCAAGUUUGAUACUCUAUGGCAGCUGGUCGAGUAUCUCAGACUCAAACCAGAUGGCCUUAUCUAUUAUCUGAAGGAGAGCACCCAAAAUCCUGAAAUGCAGUCAGCAGCUGCUACUCCAACGCCUCCAGCACAUCCAUCUACAUUGGCUGCUCGGAGAUUCACAUCUCAGAACUCAGAUGGAUACACACCAGAGCCCAUUGGAGCAGGAAAGAACACUCGGAUCUUGCCCAUGGACACAUCAUGUUAUGAAAGCCCAUACAGUGAUCCUGAAGAGCUCAAGGACCGGAAGCUGUUCUUAAGAAGGAGCAGUCUGAUCAUAGAUGAAGUUGACCUGGGAGAGGGGAACUUUGGGUGUGUCAGGAAAGGAGUUUACAGAAUGAGGAAGAAGCAAAUUGAUGUGGCCAUCAAAAUGCUAAAACAGGGCAAUGGGGUGGCACAGCAGGAUGAAAUGAUGAAGGAGGCCCAGAUUAUGCACCAGCUUGACAAUCCUUACAUUGUCCGUCUCAUUGGAGUCUGUCAAGCGGAAGCCCUCAUGCUCGUGAUGGAGAUGGCAUCGGGUGGCCCUCUGCACAAGUUCUUGUCUUCCAAGAAGGAUGAAGUUCCUGUGAAUAAUGUGGUCGAACUGAUGCAUCAGGUGGCCAUUGGAAUGAAGUAUCUGGAAGAAAAGAACUUUGUCCACCGGGACUUGGCUGCUCGAAAUGUGUUGCUUGUCAACCAGCAUUAUGCUAAGAUCAGUGAUUUCGGGCUUUCCAAAGCUUUGGCAGCUGAUGACAGCUAUUAUAUGGCCAAGACCACUGGGAAGUGGCCGUUGAAGUGGUACGCACCUGAAUGCAUCCUGUUUCGGAAGUUUUCAAGCAAGAGUGAUGUCUGGAGCUAUGGGGUGACUAUGUGGGAAGCCUUCACUUAUGGUCAGAAACCCUACAAGAGAAUGAAAGGACCUGAAGUCAUGGCAUUCAUCGAGGAAGGGAAGCGCAUGGAAUGUCCAUCAAGCUGUCCCCCGGAGAUGUACAAGCUGAUGAAUCUAUGUUGGACUUACAAAUGGGAAGACCGCCCGAACUUUGCUGCCGUGGAGACACUGAUCCGCACGUAUUACUACAGCAUUGCCGACAAGAAGGAACAGAAGCUGGGGGAAAAAAUGACGGCGGCAUAGUGAUGGAGCCCAUGAAAAUGGGUAGAAGGCAGACAUGCCACUCAUGUGCCCAUCGCCUUUAGCCAGCUUCAGUCUUUCUGAAGGGAUGAUGAGCUGCAGAGUGGAUUUCCUUACAGAUCCCAUUUCUUCAUUCGUUUGAAGAAUCUCCCUCUUUCUCCCUCUUUGGUUAUCCGGGACAGCAGGACGGCCACAGCUAUUUGAACUGUG